UCCCGAGUUCGCCAGUCGCCGCGUGCAACCGGAGUAGUAGGAGUUAGUAAGUUAAACACGGUGUUCGAAUCCGACGCCGGGUGACACAGUAAGUGCAACAGAGCGAAGGCAAAACUACUGUUCCGGCGGAAAAGACACCAGAUCUGUUCAGAAUUGAGACGGACUGGACGAAGCCGGUAAAGCUCGGAUUUAGAAGGCCUACUGGAUGGAUUAACAAGCGAAGAAGGGGUAACUUCAAACGUGCAUUGUUUUUGUGCAGGGAUUCGUUCAGUUUGGAAUUUCACCGGUCGGCAGCCGUUCGACCAGCUGAGCUCAGUUUUAAUCUUCAAGACAGUGUUUCUUCAACCGGUCAGGGAUAUUUAAAGCUUCAGGAUGGAAGUCUUGACUUUGUGUGCACAAUUUGUGCUCUUUGUCUUAUUUUUCUGCAGGGAAAUUACAGCGAUGGGGAACAGAAUCGGAAUGGGACUUGCCCCAGGAAUGCCAAAUGUGUGUUCGUACCAAGAUGUGGAAACAGUUCCAAUACAACAGCCGUGCAUACGUGCAUACCCGCGCAUGGUCAAGGUGUGGAAGCCAAAUUGCGGCUACAUGAACAACUGGUGUGUGGGGUAUGAACGGAGGACGAGUUACUACACCACGUACAGACAAGUCUACCACACACAGUACGUAACAAAGUACAGGUGUUGUCAUGGAUGGCAGCAACUUAAUCAGGAGACAGGAUGCAUGUAUCCUGUAUGCAGUAGUGGCGUAUGUUUUAAUGGAGGCAGAUGUAUGGCUGGAGUGGGGUACGGAGCUCAACUCUGCUCAUGUCCAGCAGGCUUUCAGGGCCCCAGGUGUCAGUAUGAUAUUAACGAAUGUGCGAUAAACAAUGGUGGAUGUGAAAAGGAAUGCUGUAAUGCCAUUGGCUCAUUUUACUGUAAAUGUCCGCAGGGAUUUAAACUGGCACAAGACGGGAAAAGAUGUAUAGACAUUGAUGAGUGUAUGUCGUACAAUGGUGGAUGCCAAAACACGUGUCGUAACACACACGGUGCAUACGUAUGCGAGUGUCCAGCUGGAUACAGGCUUCACACAGACAGGAGGACGUGUGUUGUGAGUGGCGGCUGUUCUGUAAACAAUGGCGGAUGUCAGCACAUGUGCCAGGAAGGCUAUGGCGGCCAUUUUAGAUGUGCGUGUCACCCUGGAUACAGACUAGGGUCUGAUGGGAAGAGUUGCGAAGGCACUGGGCAAGCUAUCAGUGUAGAGUUGCCCAGAGCAAAUCUAAAGUUAAACUUAGAGAAACCACCAACGACAACUAUAGCCACCACAACUGAGAAGGUUAUUGAUUCAUGUCGAGAAAAUAAUGGCGGUUGUUCACAAAAGUGUAACAAUUAUGGUGGCCGAGCAGUCUGUCAGUGCUAUACUGGCUAUAAGAUUGGGCUCGAUGGGAAAACUUGUGAAGAUAUAGAUGAGUGUUCCAUUGGUAAUGGCGGCUGUUCGCAGGGCUGCGCAAACACCAGAGGAUCGUUUGCCUGCACAUGCACACCUGGAUACCAGCUGGGAACAGACGGAAGAUCUUGUUAUAGAAUCGAAAUGGAAGUUAUCGAUAGCUGUGCCACUAAUAACGGUGGCUGUGAACACAAGUGUAAACAUGGUGUAGGGGGUGCCAUAUGUACAUGUAACCCUGGUUACACACUGCAGGCUGAUGGAAAAUCUUGCGCAGACACUGAUGAGUGCGAGCUGGGGACCUCGUGUUGUGAGCAGCUGUGCACGGACACAGUAGGGAGCUUUACUUGUGGGUGUCGUGUAGGAUUUACACUUAACAACGACAUGUGCAGUUGCCAGGAUGUUGAUGAGUGUCUUAACAACAACGGUGGCUGCGAACAAGUCUGCGUGAACUCCGUGGGAUCGUUUGAGUGUGUUUGCAAUGUGGGAUACAAGCUGACAUAUGAUGGCAAGAGCUGUGAAGUUGAGCAGUCAGAGGUUGGGCCUGUGAGAGGAGAUCUUCCCAAUGUUAUAGUGCAGCCCACUGUACAGUUCCAGCCCACGCCUCCUCCUAUUAUCUCCAUCACAGACCCUGAGUCAUCAUUGGAGCUUAAUAAUCAGCUCAUUGAUAAUGAACGAGUUGUGUGCCGCGAUGCAGGUAACUUCGGACCUAAAUGUGAGUUUACCUGUGACUCCUGUCAAAAUGGCGGCAUGUGUAACGAGGAACAGAAUGGCUGCGAGUGUGAAGCAGGCUGGCAAGGAAUUAUAUGUAACGAAACGUGUCCAGAAGAUAUGGCAAAUCUUGUAUGCUGCUCACCCCGCAUUAACGCUUCCGAGCUCGACAUACUGCUUAAAGACAAAAAGGAUGCAUUAAUUUUGGACGCAGCCUGCGGAACUGGUUUGGCGGGCUUAGAACUUUUCAGACGUGGUUACCACAACCUCCACGGCCUGGACGGAUCAAGCGAAAUGCUUGAGCAGGCAAAACAGAAAGGCAUCUAUAAGAAAACGAUGUGUUCUAUAAUUGGUUCUCAUAGAUUGGACAUUUCGGAUGACACAUAUGACGCGGUCAUUAUGUCUGGAGCUGUAGGAUGCGGACACGUGCACGGAGGUGGGUUGGCAGAACUGAUACGAAUUGUUAAACCAGGGGGUUUUGUCGUCAUGGACGUACUUUUUGCAUACCUUCAUGGAACCGAGUACGGUGGGAAAAGCUGGGACGAAAUAAUUGACAGUCACAUCAUGGCCGGACGCUGGGCCACGGUGACCAGACGCUUGGUGGAGCAAGUCUUUAACACUCUGGAUGGGAUGCAGUACUGCUUCCAGGGAAGUGCUGCUUCUCAUAUUGGCACAUUCGGUCAUAAUUUUCGAGCAAUGUUAAAAGACAUUCUUGAUUCAGACACUUUGGAUCAACAAAUCAUUAAAAUUUGGAAAGCAGAUGCAGAAAAGUACCAUGUACACUGAC